AUGACACUUUUGCAGAAGAAGACCAUGACGGAAAUAACGCUCGGCAAUGACAGAUUUCCGCUGACUAUAGCGAUCAGGGAAUGCCUGCGGGGAUCACGUUGGACUUUUCAAGCCUCUAGAUUGCGAAGCGAAGUAUUCGGCGUAACAUUGAUGCCUGAUCAGCUUCAAGUGAUGAACCCCGCAAUGCGUUCAACUUUACAACCGCCGGGGCAUGAACAGACCGGUAUCGUAGCACUGAAUACAUUAGGAUGUCCGGUCGAAUUAUCGGUAAGCGGCGAGGGCACAGCGCGGGUGGACGCACGCGGUACAGCGCUCAUGUCCCCUUUGCCUCACCGCACAUAUGAUGUCACUGCGAUCUGCCCCUACGAGUGCGCCGGUAGAAUCAUGAAGCGAUAUACCGUCAGAACACAUCUGAAAACUGUUGCUGGAAUGUUUAUGCCGAUCAUUAUAGGACAAAAUUCAAACGAUGAAGUAUCACUCUACUUUAUGGAUCCAGGAACGUUUGUGAAGUCACUAACGGGAAAACCGAAGUUGAAGGUGGUUUAUAUAGGUGAUACGGGACCAAACAAGAACGUGACGAUUAAUGUGGAAACAGAAAAGAGAUUGAAUGAUAUUUACUACGUGUCGAACACGCCGGUCGAUCACAUCGGAGAGUCCGCAUACAUGUGCCUACAGCCAGGAAAGUUCGAAUGGCGCGCUUCGAGUGCUGAUGGACAGGUGACAGGAUCGGGGCAAGGGGGCGUGCGCGCCGGUGGCGUCUACGUGCUGUGCGUGCGCGAGCGUCUGGGCCGGCUGGACGCGGCAGUGCUGCACGCGCCCAACCCGCCCAACGAGCUGCAGUUAGCAUGGAUUGUGCCACAAUAUCUGCUCGUUUCGAUGGCAGAGAUCAUGUUCGCAGUCUCGGGGCUCGAGUUUUCAUUCACGCAGGCUCCGAAAAGUAUGAAGACUAUCACGAUUGCUGCUUGGUACAUGUCAGUAGCUAUAGGAAAUCUCAUAGUCAUCCUUGUAGCACAAACGAAGAUAUUCGAAUCUAGGGCGAAAGAAUUUUUUGUGUACGCUGGUAUGCUGAUUGCUGCCAUGUUUCUUUUUCAUCGGAUGGCUGAAGGCUAUUGUUCGAGAACAAUAGAGGGAGACGGAUCCUCUACAGAAAGUCAUCCAUUAUUACAGCACACACAUUCCAGGGUGGUAUCAGUUCAUCCGGCGAAAACAUCUGGAAGUCGUCCGCACAGUGAGCCGGGUAGCAGUGCGUCGUGCCUGGGUCGCAUGGAACGAGCGCGAUCAUCGGCCUGGCCCGCGCACGCUGUCGUCCACGUCGGGACACCGAGCACCACUGAUCGGAGAACAGCUACAUUAGCUAAAGACUAA